GCACGCUUAUAAACUCCGGCAUUCAGGUGCCUGCUCCCCUUCUCCUGGCGUCCAAGCCGCCCCAGAUGCUGCCAGAGCAUCGGAAGGGGACAUCAGCCGAGCCCGGGCCCCUCCUCCACGAUGUGGCUUCUCGUCUUUUCCUUCCUGCUGAUGUCCGCAGCUCAGGACAACAGCAGCGGCAAGGUGCUGAAGGGGCAGGAGUGCGCGCCCCACUCCCAGCCCUGGCAGGUGGCCCUCUUCGACCGCGCACGCUUUAACUGCGGGGCCUCCCUCGUCUCCCCGUACUGGGUGCUGUCCGCAGCUCACUGCCAAACCCGCCACAUGCGAGUGCACCUGGGCGAGCACAACCUGCGCAAGCGCGACGGCACGGAGCAGCUGCGCACCGUGGUCCGCAUCAUCCCGCACCCGGGCUACGUGGCGCGCACGCACGUGAACGACCUCAUGCUGCUGCGCCUGGCGCGGCCGGCGCGCGUGUCCCCCCGCGUGCGGCCCGCGACCCUGCCCGCGCGCUGCCCGCGGCCCGGCGACCCCUGCGUGGUGUCCGGCUGGGGCCUGGUGUCCGGCUACGAGUCCGAGGCCACGGGGAGCCCGGAGUCCCAAGUGAACCUCCCGAAUACCCUGCACUGCGCCAACAUCAGCAUCAUCUCGGACGCAUCUUGCAGCAAGGACUACCCUGGGCACCUCAUGGACACCAUGGUGUGUGCGGGCGUGGAAGGCGGAGGCACCGACUCCUGCGAGGGGGACUCGGGGGGACCCCUGGUCUGCAGGGGCAUCCUGCAGGGCAUCGUGUCCUGGGGUGACGUCCCCUGCGACACCACCACCAAGCCUGGGGUCUACACCAAAGUGUGCCGAUACAUGGACUGGAUCCGGGACACCAUGCGGAGGAACUGACUGACUGGGGCCUCCCAUCCCUACCCCCUCCCCUCACCCUCACCCCCCUCCCCCCACCCCCCACCCCCCGUGUCUCUGACUGAGCAGACACGCCAUGGCCGCUCCAUCCUGACCUGGGACAGAAUCAGCCACCCCCACCCCCACCCCCAAAACCCCAUUUGUCCA